AUGGCUGCCGGCGGGGCGGGCGUUCCUGCCACAGCUGUUCUCAACCGGCGACCACGGCCCAACAUCUACGAGCUGCCUGACGCCUCUCGUGAUGUGCUAGGUGAGUACACGGCCACCUUGGCCACGCCGGUGCGUGAGGCCACGCGUCAGUCGGCGCAAUACUUGCAGGCACAGAAAAGACGGGGCUUUUCCAUGGCGUUCUUGUUUUGGUUGGGGGCCCUUCAUGAUGAGACGAUUUGCAGCCGGUAG